AGACUAUUAUUACUGGGCUUCUCCAUCUCCGAUUCAUGGAAUAAUCGGGACGGCAUAAUACGAUAGCUUUUAUUGCGGUGAAAACGAAGUGCAAGGCGGAGAACGGUGGUGGCAAUGGGCGGCCUGAAAGCGGUGGCUAUCAUCUCCGGCGACCAUAACGUCAAAGGCUCUCUACAAUUCAUCCAGCAAUCCGAUGGGGCAACCUACGUGAGAGGAAAAAUAUCAGGGCUCAAUCCGGGGCUUCACGGUUUCCAUAUUCAUUCUUUCGGUGACACCACCAACGGCUGCAAUUCCACUGGACCUCACUUUAAUCCCUUUAAGAAGGAUCAUGGAGCUCCAAAUCAUGAAGAGCGGCAUGCUGGUGAUUUAGGCAACAUUGUUGCUGGCCCUGAUGGGGUUGCUGAGGUUUCAGUUCUGGAUAUGCAGAUUCCUCUAACGGGUGCGAACUCUAUUUUGGGAAGAGCGGUAGUUGUUCAUGCUGAUCCUGAUGAUCUAGGAAGAGGUGGACAUGAGCUUAGUAAGACAACUGGGAACGCAGGUGCAAGAGUUGGCUGUGGGAUUAUUGGGCUUCAGUCAUCUGUUUAGAGAUUUCAGUUUCUUUUCCUGCUGAAGAACAGUAUUGCAAGUUACAAUGUACUGUUUUUUUCUUUUCCUGUACCAAAUGAUUAUCAAAGUAUACAGGAUUCAUCGAUUCAGUCACA